CCCACAGGUGAAAUAAGUGAUGAAACUUUAGAACUGAUAAACAAACCUAGAUGUGGAGUUGAAAUUGGUCACACAUUAGGACUUGCACAUUCAACUGCGAAUACUUCAGUUAUG